AUGAGCACCUCCACUUCCGCGAACGCAAUGCCUUCUACAGGCCAAAACCACGAUCGGGGCGAUGCAGAUAUGCAAGAUGGAGAUGAGCCCACCCAUCGCGAUGCUUCCACAAACACCAUCGCUGUCGAUAUCUCGGCUAUAGAUGAGGACGCUAUGGACGUUACACCGGAUGCCGAGACGGAGCUGUUACAGCAGAACAGCCCGGCUGAAGCACAAGAGGCUACUAUUACUUCACCCACAUCGCCUGCGCCAGAGCAAACGACAGCGACCAUCAUUCCCAUAGAGCCCCCUCCACCCGUAGACCUCGACGCACUGCCUCCCCCUGUUGAUCCAAGCACACAACCCCCGCCUCCGCCGCCCCCAGUCGACCCCCCUCGUUCUGAAUCGGGAUCCGACGACGACGACGAUGGUCUCCCACCGUGGCACGCGCUUCCAGAAGACUUGUCAUCGCCUGACGAGGAGGAAGUGAAGAUGAUCGAGGAGAGGGGUGAACACAGUGCUCUAGACCAUGGAUACUGGGAGAGCGAGGCGUUCAAACCUCUGGACCACCCGGAGUAUACCGCUGGUGAAGCAGGACGUAUCAACUGGGCAAUCGACUCGUAUAAUGGAACCCAAGAAAAGCCGAACCAUGAAGUGCUUAUGAAGUCUGAUGUGGUCACGAUUGGGGGCCAUCAAUGGCAGAUCAAGUUCUAUCCUAAGGGGAAUGACUCGGAUUAUCUGAGCGUCUACCUCGAAUGCCUGAGUGUUCAGGACUCCAAGGACGACAAUGAUAGUGACGUGCGCAAAGACAUGCCCAGCGAAGAGGCCUCUGAUCCAAGUGGAGAGAAGAAGGCAGACGAAGCUAUGGUAAUGGCCGAACAUGCGCCAGCCGACGACCCGGCAGGCAUGUUGCUUCAAGAUAAGCCAUCUACGCAAGAGCGUGGUGAAGGCACGAAGUCGAAAGAUGUCCAGACAUCAACCGAACCGGUCGCCUCUCAACACUCGCCUCUUCCACUUCUUGGAUCGAAACAAAUGCCCAAGCGGAAUAGCGUUGCCGCGCAGAUAUCGGUCGUUCUCUACAACCCAACAGAGCCUCGCGUGAACUACUCGCGGAAUGCUCUGCAUCGCUUCUGCAAUGGAUCUCCUGAUUGGGGCUGGACUCGUUUCCACGGACCCCACUACGAUAUCUCUCGUCGUCAGCAUGGUCAGCGCAUGGCGCUUCUUCGUGACGACAAACUUGCCUUCACUGCCUACAUUCGGGUCGUGGAAGACCAGACGGAUUGUUUGUGGGAGCAUCCCAUUCGUGAGAAUCCGUGGGACAGUUUCGCAAUGACGGGCCUGCAAGCUCUCAUGCUUUCACCUGGCGGGAACAUGAUGUCUGCAAUUGCCUCGUGGAUGCUGUUCAAGCCCUUUCGAAAUUUGUUGUACAGCAUCGUCGUUCCGGACCCUCGCAAUGAGCCUUUCACUCGGCCGAAGCCACUCGUCAGCGCUUUACAGCAAGUCCUAUACUCACUUCGCACUCAAGUCGAGCCUGGAGCUGGCCCAGUCGCUCUUGAUGGUAUUCUGGAUGCACUAGAGUGGUACCGCAUACACGACAGCCUCCAUAAAUUGGAUGUGAUAGAGACUUGGGAAGUCUUGCGCCUGAAGCUCGAAGAGGAACUGCAAGGGACACCUCAGGCCGCCCAGCUGAAUGCUAUAUGUGGACCAAAGCGCGACUAUUCAAUCGGUAGACCCAGCUACCGGGUACCUGUGGAAGGCGUGGAGAGUAUGCAGCGUGCUGUCAACGAAUCGGCUGAUUUCACUAUACCUGGACAGCCUCUGCCAGAGUUGUUGACCGUCGAGCUGAACCGGCAUAAAUUCGACAGCGCGAAGACGCGUUCGCAUAUCAAGGUGCUGAACAAAGUGACCCUUGACGACCGGAUAUCAGUUGGUGGCACCCCAUACACACUGUAUGGGUUUGUUGUGCACAAGCAAACACUUCAAUCCUACGUAUACCAGCCGAUACUUCGACCUGAAGGCCCUGGUUCGCGCUGGUAUAUCUACAGUGAUGGCAAAGAUGAGAGCCAAGUCAAAUGCCUUCCCAAAUGCGAGGCAGUCGAUGCGCACGAAGGCAAGCCUGGUAGUACUCAGAUUACUGGCAACGACGCCGUGGCAUACAUUGCCAUGUAUGUGCGAGACGAUGUAGCUCGGUCGGUAUUCGUAUCAGACGCCGAAUCCGAACAGUGGGAUGUUCCGGAGUGGCUCAAGCUGGAAGUAGAGGCCAAGAAGAACCAGUCUUCUCUUCCUCCAAUGCCAUCACUGCCAACGCACGAGCCGAACUCUGCGACAGAUGAAGAGAAGGAAGAGAAGGUCACAGCGCAGCCACCUAAGACACUCGAUUUCCGCGUCGUUGAUUCACGAGUAUACCUAGGGCACGAAGGUCCAGGUAUAUUUGACUUCUUUGAUGCGAAGUGGGAAGGGUCAGAGCUUAUCCACACAUUGACGCUAUCAAGCAACGACGGAUGCAAAGAAAUUCGCCAAAAGUUGUCUGGCCUUUUGAAGAAUAUCAAGGACCCACGACAGAUAAAGUUCUGGUUUCUAGGGUAA